CUUAGAUCUCCAGAGUCCAGUUUAAGGGUGGGCGACUCUUGAUCUUGCUGAUCUGGAAAAGGGGCUUGAGGGGUGCAAAGGUUGGGAGCUAAAGCGCAGGAAAGGAGAGAACAGCGGAGACGGAAAGAAAAGAAGCUGGGGAGAACCCUCUUGAGCAGUUAAGGAGGAGGAUUCAAUCACAGAAAACCGGGCGAGAGCGCAAAAGUUGCUGAACACCAAGUAAAGCCAGCGGUGCGAUCUGCAGGGCUGGGUCUUCCAGCACCUUGGGUCACGCCUCCUUGGCGAGAAGGCGUCUGGCCUUUGAUUGCUUCCAGGGACUGCAGAACUUCCUGCCCGCCACAGAAGCGGGUCUCGCUAGGGUCGCGUUUGCUCUCGGCUGGAGGCUUGAGACUGAGUUCUAAGAGUCCCGGGUGUCUGAUCCGGGAAAGGUUGGGAAAAUCGUGUCUGUGUGGAGCCCACGCGCCCCACGUGAGGGGUAGAGUGUCGGCGUCCUCCUCUCCUGGCAUUCACAUCUUUCCGGCUCCACCCCACUCCGGGAACCCCUCACCCGGAGAUGGCCGCGCUGAUGCGGGGCAAGGAUUCAUCCCGCUACCUACUCCUACUGGCCGCGGUGCUGAUGGUGGAGAGCUCACAGCUAGGCAGCUCGCGGGCCAAACUCAACUCCAUCAAGUCCUCUCUAGGAGGGGAGACUCCUGCUCAGGCUGCCAAUCGAUCUGCGGGCAUGAACCAAGGACUGGCAUUCGGCGGCAGUAAGAAGGGCAAAAGCCUGGGGCAGGUAGGAAACCCCCCCAAACACACUCUUCAGCCAGGAGAGGCCUACCCUUGCAGCAGUGACAAGGAAUGCGAAAUUGGAAGAUACUGUCACAGUCCCCAUCAAGGAUCGUCAGCCUGCAUGGUCUGUCGGAGGAAAAAGAAGCGAUGCCAUAGAGAUGGCAUGUGUUGCCCUGGUACCCGCUGCAACAAUGGCAUCUGCAUCCCAGUCACUGAGAGUAUCCUGACCCCUCACAUCCCAGCUCUAGAUGGCACUCGGCAUAGAGAUCGCAACCACGGUCACUAUUCCAACCAUGACCUGGGAUGGCAGAAUUUAGGAAGGCCACAUACCAAGAUGCCUCAUAUAAAAGGACAUGAAGGUGACCCCUGCCUGAGAUCAUCAGACUGCGUGGAUGGAUUUUGCUGUGCUCGUCACUUCUGGACCAAAAUCUGCAAACCGGUGCUCCAUCAGGGGGAAGUGUGUACCAAACAACGCAAGAAGGGUUCCCAUGGGCUGGAGAUUUUCCAGAGGUGUGACUGUGCAAAGGGCCUGUCCUGCAAAGUGUGGAAAGAUGCCACCUACUCCUCCAAAGCCAGACUCCACGUGUGCCAGAAGAUCUGAUAAGCACUGGGAGAGAGAUCGCUAGCAGACUGUGAAUUUGUGUAUUUAAUGCAUUAUGGCAUGAUGGGAAGUCGAGUUCCGGAUGCAGAAGAAUG